AUGCGGCGAAUCUGGAAAGCGUGUCUAAAAAUCACUUCUUGGCGGCUGUUAGCUCAAACCCUCGCGAGUGGAGCCAGCUUAGCCACAAAUAUGCUGGUCUUUAUCCUGGCUUUGGCUGCCCAGCUGGGUGCAGCAGUGCCGACGGUGACACUCUCGAAUGGCGUGGAGAUGCCAAUGCUAGCCGCAGGCUCCUGGCAGUACAAUAUCACGGAGGCUUACCAAUCCCACGCCUUGGCACUCAAAGCGGGGUUCACAAUGCUCGACACUGCCCUGGACUACCACAACCAACAGGGGGUGGGCCGUGCGAUCAACGAGGCUGGCAUGCGUGAGAAGAUCUUUGUGGAGACGAAGAUUCCAGGCUGCGGGAUGGACAGCACGAUGCUGAACGUCUUCAAAUGCUACGAGAACACCAAGCGAGACUUGGAGUUGGAUCUUGCGCAGCUCAACCUCUCCUACGUUGACUUAGUGAUCGUCCACUUCCCCCCGAUUUCUUCCAUGGUGACUCGGUCAUGCAACAGCUGGUCGGGAGGUUGUCAAAUGGUUCGAGCGCAGUGGAAGGCCAUGGAAGAGUUUUACAAGCAGGGAAAGGCGCGUGCAAUUGGAGUAUCGAACUACUGCCCCAGCUGUUAUGACUGUCUCAACUCCACAGCCACGGUGCUCCCAAUGGUGAACCAGGUUCAGAUUCAUCUGGGCAUGGGGACGGAUCCAGCUGGCUUCGUAUCUUACCACAAGGCUCGAGGAAUCCAGCUCCAAGCCUACAGCGUGCUCGGAAACAGUGCAAUCAGCCACAAGGCUAGUCCAGAGAUCCUGAGCGGCAACCUGACCACCGGCAUUGCUAAAGCUCACGGAAAGAGCUCUGUGCAAGUGGCACUGAAGUGGGUGGUCUCGCAAGGUAUCCCUGCAGUGACGAAGUCGGCCAACCCUGAGCACCUGAGUGCAGACCUGGACCUCUGGUCCUGGGACUUCACUCCGGAGGAGAAGCAAGCCCUUGACGCCUUGACUUCUCCCAAGGGCUCGCCGUCUUUUGCGUGCGCAUCCGAUUCGGCAGAGAUCUUGGUUUGA